GGUUCAGUUAAACUGGGUUCAGUGAAUCAGGUCCAGUUAAACUGGGUUUAGUUGACCAGGUUUGAUUAAACUGGGUUCAAUGAAUUGGGUUCAGUUAAACUGGGUUCAAUGAACUGGGUUCAGUUAAACUGGGUUCAGUUAAACUGGGUUCAGUGAAUCAGGUCCGGUUAAACUGGGUUCAGUUCCUCAGGUUUGAUUAAACUGGGUUCGAUGAACUGGGUCCAGUUAAAGUGGGUUCAAUGGACUGGGUCCAGUGAAAGUGGGUUCAUCCCAGGCUGGCACAUGUGGGAUGGGGACAAGUACUGGGAUGGGGAUAGGGAUGAGGACAAGGAUGGGUGCAGGGAUGGGGAUGAGGGUGGCACUGGUAACCCCACCUCUGACCUUCCCUCCCUCCCAACGCCGAUUCCCAGUGCCGGGAACGCCGCAUUCCCCAUGGAUGUCACCGGCAUUGCCUGUGCCGCCCUCCUGGCACUGCCGGUGGUGGCCCUCGUGGUGCUGGCGCAGCGCCUGGGGCUCCUCUACCAGCUCUUCCAUAAGGUGGAGCCCCAGAGCCCUCGGCACGGGGGGGAGCUGGUGGCAGAGGUGCUGAAGGCCCACGGGGUCCGGUUCAUCUUCACCCUGGCCGGUGGCCACAUCUCCCCGGUGCUGGUGGCCUGCGAGAAGGUCGGGAUCCGUGUGGUGGACACCAGGCACGAGGCCACUGCCGUGUUUGCCGCUGAUGCCGUGUCCAGGAUCUCCGGUCGCAUUGGUGUUGCCGUGGUCACCGCCGGUCCCGGUGUCACCAACACAGUGACAGCCGUCAAGAACGCCCAGAUGGCCGAGUCCCCAUUGCUGCUCAUCGGGGGUGCUGCUGCCACCCUGCAGAAGGGCCGCGGUGCUCUGCAGGACAUAGAGCAGCUCUCACUCUUCAGGACCCUAUGUAAAGAGGCCGUCUCGGUGCGCACCGUGCGCGGCAUCGUCCCCACACUGCGCCGCGCUAUGGCCACCGCGCAGUCGGGGACCCCAGGCCCUGUCUUCGUGGAGCUCCCCAUUGAUGUCCUCUACCCCUUCCAUGUGGUGCACAAGGAGAUCACUGGCACCAGGAGCGCCCGGGGGCUGCGGGGGAAGGUGGUGCAAUGGUACCUCCAGAACUACCUCCGGAACCUGUUUGCGGGUGCCUGGGAGCCGCAGGAUGUGUCCCCGUUGCCAGUGAAGGUGCCAUUGGCCACUGAGGAUGAGGUCCAGCGCUGUGCCGAGCUCCUGAGCAGAGCCACCAAACCCCUGGUGCUGGUGGGCAGCCAGGCCCUGCUGCCCCCGACCCCGGCCGAGGAGCUGCGGGCGGCGCUGGAGGCUCUGGGGGUCCCCUGUUACUUGGGGGGUGCAGCCAGGGGGCUCCUGCCCCCCAACAGCCCCAUCCUCCUGCGGCAGAACCGGCGCGAGGCCCUGCGGGAGGCAGACCUGGUGCUGCUGGCAGGCACCGUGUGCGACUUCCGCCUCUCCUAUGGGCGCCUCUUUGGCCGCGGCGCUGCCAUCGUGGCCGUGAACCGGGAUCGGGAGCAGCUCCUAAGGAAUUCCGAUGUCUUCUGGAGCGCGCGGCUCGCGGUGCAAGGGGAUGCCGCAGCCUUCGUGGUGCGGCUGGCGCGGAGCCUGCCGGGAUACGGCUGCUCCCGGGAAUGGCUGCAGAGGCUGCGGGAGAGAGAGCGGAGCAAGGAGCAGGAGAACCGGGAGAAGGCGCUGAUCCCGACGGAGCAGCACCUGAACCCUCUGGAGCUGCUGCAGGUGCUGGAUGAGCUCCUGCCUCCCGAGAGCAUCCUGGUGGCCGAUGGGGGGGACUUCGUGGGUACCGCAGCCUACCUGGUGCGGCCGCGGCGGCCCCAGGCCUGGCUGGAUCCCGGCCCCUUCGGGACUCUCGGUGUCGGAGGCGGCUUCGCACUGGGGGCCAAGCUCUGCCGGCCCGAGGCCGAGGUGUGGGUGCUCUUCGGGGAUGGGUCCCUGGGCUACAGCCUCGUGGAGUUCGACACCUUCGUGAGACACAAGGUGCCGGUCAUCGCACUGGUUGGCAAUGACGCCUGCUGGAGCCAGAUCGCGCGGGAGCAGGUGGCUCUGCUGGGCAGCGGCGUCGCCUGCAGCCUCCAGUACCUGGGAUACCACCUGGUGGCCGAGGCUCUGGGUGCCAAAGGCUUCGUGGUUGGGCGCCAGGACCGGGAGCGCUUGGGCAGCGUCAUCCGCGCGGCGCAGGAUUCGUGCCGCGGCGGCCGCCCCGUCCUGCUCAAUGCCCUCAUCGGCCGCACCGGCUUCCGCGACGGCUCCAUCUCCGUCUAGGGACCGAGGGGCUCCAAUUGGCCCCAAAAUAGCCCACGAAUAGCUCCAAAAUAGCCCCAAAGUGGCCCCCAAAUGGCCUGAAAAUGGCCCAAAAGUGGCCCCAAAACGGUCCCAAAAUGGCCCUAAAGUGUCCCCAAAAUAGCCCCAAAUUGGUCCCUAAAGUGUCAUCAAAGAGGAUCUAAAGUGGCUCCAACAUGGUUCCAAAGUGGCCACAAAGCAUCACCAAAAUGGCCCUAAAGUGACCCAAAGUGGCUCCAAAUUGGCCCCAGAAUAGCCCCAAAUUGGCCCCUAAAUGGCUCCAGAAUAGCCCCAAAGUGGUGCUAAAGUGGCCCCCAAAUGGCCUGAAAAUGGCCCAAAAGUGGCCCCAAAACGGUCCCAAAAUGGCCCUAAAGUGUCCCCAAAAUAGCCCCAAAUUGGUCCCUAAAGUGUCAUCAAAGAGGAUCUAAAGUGGCUCCAACAUGGUUCCAAAGUGGCCACAAAGCAUCACCAAAAUGGCCCUAAAGUGACCCAAAGUGGCUCCAAAUUGGCCCCAGAAUAGCCCCAAAUUGGCCCCUAAAUGGCUCCAGAAUAGGCCCAAAGUGGUGCUAAAGUGGCCCCAAAUGGCCUGAAAAUGGCCCCAAAAUGGCCCUAAAGUGUCCCCAAAAUAGCCCCAAAUUGGCCCCUAAAUGGCUCCAGAAUAGGCCCAAAGUGGUGCUAAAGUGGCCCCAAAUGGCCUGAAAAUGGCCCAAAAGUGGCCCCAAAACGGUCCCAAAAUGGCCCUAAAGUGUCCCCAAAAUAGCCCCAAAUUGGUCCCUAAAGUGUCAUCAAAGAGGAUCUAAAGUGGCUCCAACAUGGUUCCAAAGUGGCCACAAAGCAUCACCAAAAUGGCCCUAAAGUGACCCAAAGUGGCUCCAAAUUGGCCCCAGAAUAGCCCCAAAUUGGCCCCUAAAUGGCUCCAGAAUAGCCCCAAAGUGGUGCUAAAGUGGCCCCCAAAUGGCCUGAAAAUGGCCCCAAAAUGGCCCUAAAGUGUCCCCAAAAUAGCCCCAAAUUGGCCCCUAAAUGGCUCCAGAAUAGGCCCAAAGUGAUGCUAAAGUGGCCCCAAAGUGGUCCCCAAAUGGCCUGAGAAUGGCCCCAAAGUGUCCCCAUGGGGGGGGGGGUUUGGGACAUUCACAUCCCCAUCAUCAUCUGGGGGGUACCGUGCCCCCUCCUUAUCGAUGUCCCCCAUAGAGCACCCAGAGCCCAGUGGCAAGUGCAGCUUGUGUCAUUUAUUGCUGGUGACAGUGACAAGGCAGUGGCAGGACAAAGGGGGGGGGGUCAGGCCACCAUUGGAGUGGGGGGGGACAACACAAAAGGGGUCCCCCCCUCCAGGCACUAACCCUGGUGGCUUCACAUUGAGCUGGUUCCUUUAAGGCUAAUACUGAGCAAGGCUUGGGGGGGGGGGGGGGGUAUUUUGAGGUGCCCCCCACCCCAUAAUACUGGUAAUGGGGUAGAAGGGAUGGGGGGGGAGUGUUUUGGGGAUCCCCCCCAGUAACACUGUCAAUGGGUCUGUUUUGGGGGUGCGAAGAGGCUGUGGUGAUGGUGCAAUAAAUAAAGCUGAGCCCCCCCACCCCGUA